AUGCAGCCAUCACAGCACAGGCGGAGGAGCUCACAGCCAGCAACAUCACCACCUCCGACGACCAAGCAAUACCCCACCGCGAGCAGCUCAAGUAGUGCCUUCAGUGCCAGCGCAAACCCGGACGAGGAUUGGACCAAGAUCUCCGAUCUAGCAGAGCGAAGGAGGAUUCAGAAUCGCAUCGCUCAGCGCAACUACCGCAAGAAGCUGAAGAAGAGGUUGGAAGACCUCGAGCGUCGCGCCGAGUCAAGCUCAGCAUCGCCCGAACAGCGCCAUCAGGAACUCGACCACCACGACGCCGAAUCAUCAGAAUCACAUGCGCAGGAUCACCCACAAUCGUACGGUCACCCUUCAUAUCCCGAGUCGAUGUCCAGUGCCAUGGCACCAAACUACAUGGUUUCAACCGACGAUCGCGGCAUGUUCUCACAGCAGAACCUACGACCUGUCUCCGUGUCACCACCACCUUUCUCAUCGGCGCCUUACUCAGCUUACCAACCUGCCAUGGCUCCCGGCUUCGGGACCUCCGCAUACUCACAAUGCAUGGGAUCUCCAUACUUGCCACCUCCACAGCAACAACCCUAUGCCGACAACAUUCCAUACCAAGCCAUCGGUCUUCCUGCCAUCAAACAAGAAUACUAUGCCGAAGAUGGAUUGAGUCCUUACAAUAUGAGCUAUGCACCGAUCACAAAUGGCGAAUAUCCUCGCCAGACGGUGACGGGCGAGGCGGGCUUCGCCAGCUCAGGAGAUGCUUAUACGACGAUGAGCCCUCCCACCAAUCCCAACUUUGAUUUCUACGAGCACAGCUCUCCACCGGAUCUGGUCUGGCUACCCGCGACGCCGCCGCUAUCCUCAUGUGGCGAGAGUCACGAAUGCCACGACGACGAGAACGACGAGCGAAGACUGUCUGCUUUCAUAUGGUGA